AUGCCACCAUGGCUGGCUGCCAUGGUGGUUCUUCAUGGAUUUUUACUCGACCGAAAACCCACACAACCGAGCAUCUGCAUCACAAUCCACAAGCGUUGCCAACAUCUCGUUAGAACAGUCAGCAACGACAACAACAAUGAUGCUACGAUCGGCGGCGACGAUAACAACCAUCUCUUCAAUGGUUUCGACACAGCGGCGGCGACCACCUACUGUGGAAUGGAGUCGAAGAUAAGGGUCACUGGAAUAGCAUUGGCGGUUGGCUUCUAUGGGCGGCACUAUUUGUCUUCGUUGGUCAAAAACACGGGAGGAAAGGCUUGUGGUGUGACGUUGGAGUUGGGGAAGGAGGGUGGUGACAACUGUCAUCUCAAUUAG